UAUUUUUAAUUUCAGGGAUGUUGUAAUGCAGUUAGUAUCUAAAUAUUGUGCCCUUGAGCUUGAGGAAUAUGGGAAAUGUGUACAAAGUAAUCCUAGUGACUGGCAUCUCAAAUGUAAAGAACACAAAACUAGUGUGUCAGAAUGUUCAUCAUCUCACCCUGUUGUACAGAAGAUAAAAAGUGACUGUGGUAAAGAAUAUGGAGUAUAUGACAAGUGUCUCAGAGCUAACACAAAUCAAGUAGAGGAAUGUAUUCCUGCUUUGGAAACUUUUAUGCAGUGUGCUGAAAAUGCAUCAGAACAUCUCAAAAAGUCAUGGAACAGUACGCAAGAUUUAAAAAAAAAGCAGAACACGAGUGCUACUAAGGUGUAACAACUGAAGGACCCAUUUGUAUUGAUUGUGUUGCAGGUGACUGGCUGCCCUCUAUAGGUGGAAUCCAAUUAUGUAAUAAAAAGUUGGAUUUUAGCAAAUCAAAAA